ACAGACCUUUCAGUGUUCAGUAAAUGCAACUUUACUUUGUAUUAAAUAGAAUUAAGUAAUUGGUUAAUCAUAGCUUUUAUGGGGAUCUAGACAUUUUCAAGCAGUUAAUUGAUAAAUAAUUAUAACUUAACACCAGAUAAAUCUUGCCUUUGGGGCCUUGUCACCUUGUCAUUUUUAAGGUUAUGGGACAUUUUUUUUUGUUGAACUUUUUUGUGUAAAUUAUUAAAGAAAUAGUUUAAUAAGCACAUAUUUAGCCUAAUAACAUCAAAAUGUAAGAUCUCAUUCAAAAUUUCUCAUGUAAUACAUCGAUUACGAAAGCACAUGGUGCGGCCAGGCUAAACUUGUAACAAAUUUUUGAUUCGUUUAUCGAUAGUUUCUUAAUUCUAACGAAUUAAUAAUAAAGUUUUAUCUCCUACCUUGCAGUGUUUGAUGGAAUAUUUCAAAUUUUAACACAAAAUUGCAGGAAAGCACGCUUUUUUUGCCGGCCCGUCCUUUUUGGCAACCAGAAUCUUUUCUAGAAGAAUCUUAUCAAAUUCAAUUUGAACUUUGGUCAACAGUGGGGGGGUGAUGAGCUUCGCGCAUUCAACUGACGUUAUUCAAAAGAAAUUAGAUAAGAUUUAUUUCAAGCAAAUAAAAAGACCUGAAUAACGAAUAAUAAAAAAAUGCAGAUGGUUCAGAAGCCCUACAGACUACACUACAGACAGAAUUGCAUAAGUUUGAGAUUCCACAAAACAGAAAUAAAAUUAUACCUUGUACAGAAUCUGUAAAUAGACGAAAUUCAUAAAAAUCGCACUAGAUGUCGCCAGCGCAACAAAAUAUAUAUUUGACCGUGUGAUUGUUUAGCGGGAAAUUCAAACUCCGGCUUUUUAAACAAGAAUUAAAACUUAAUUUAUUUAGAGACUAUGGUCGUUUAAUUGGCCUCAUCUGCUGCUUUAAAUAAUGUUGCAAGGCUUGAACUUCUAUAAUUCCAAUUAAAAUCCGGCUAUUUUUAAGCUACAAAACGUAAUAAUUCGGGUUUGCGCGUGUCUAUUUCCAGUUUGUGGUGCAGUCUAUUUUAAAGCCAGUAGUAGUUUUUUUUAUAGCAAUUGACUAUAUACCUAUUUAAAUUCAAUUAAACUCAUUUUUUCACUUGUCAGCCUUGACUAUAGGCUGUUUUAAUUAGUUAAUAGUUGACCGAUUAAUCUAACAAAUGAAAAUUCUAACGAAAGAGUUAUUGCAGCAGUAGUAUUGAUUCACUUCACUACGAUACGAUGCGGUGUCGGUGAAGGUUAUGAAGCAGUCCAUUUCAACUAAAAGCUAUUAAUAAUUCUUUAUUUAAUUUAAAAACAUCUUUUUAGUGACUUCUUUAAAGACUCACAUUUUCAUCAACAAUUUUCUCGUUAUUUUGUCAAUAAAUAAAACGAAAAUUUAAUGUCACUGCUAGUUAGUGGCCUAGACUUGUAAUUAGAAUAUUGUACUUAUAAACCAUCAAAUUAAAAGCACUACAAAGCAGGCGAAUCGCAAAAGUGUACUUUAGCCUUUAUCUAGUAGCGCAUUUUGCUGUUUUAUAAAAUGUAAUUAGUUGGAGGACUAAAAAAAAAUUUAUCAAAUGCUCGAGUGCGGUAACCGGUUGAGGAGGCGCACAAUUUCAAAAUUUAUUAUGUAAAUUCAUUAAAAAAAAAUAUAAUUAAAUUAAUCAUGGGCUUGUGUUGUGAUUUUUUAAAAAUAAGUGUUUGUGAAAAGUUUACUUAUGGUGUGGUAACUGGAACCGAAACGUUCUUUUAUAAAUUAGGUGUCGGCAUAGCUAAAAAGCCCGUAAAAACCAUAAUUUUGUGUUGGUUGGUCGUAUUUCUGAGUGCUUUUGGAUUUCUAAGGUUUCGACAAGAAAAAAACCCUCUGAAACUAUGGGUACCGCCAGAUACCGCAUUUGUCCGAGAUUCAGAGUGGUUAAUGGAAACCUUUCAAAAUGGAUUUUCAGAUGAAGCUAUAACGAUAAUCGACGAUGACGUUUUGACUCCAAAGAUCAUCAAUAAGCUUGCCAAAAUCCACACUGAAGUAAUGUCAGCAAAAACACCAAACAACAUCACCAUGAGAGAUGUGUGCUUUAAGAUUCCAAAAGUGAAUAAAAAAUUAUUAAGGCUAAUGAUGAGCGAAAAAGAAGACGAAGCAGAUCCGAGCACAACAAUGAAUGCGGCGCUGUAUUGUAGUUUUAUUGAAACAAUGAAGACUGAUUGUUAUACUAAAAGUAUUUUAGAAUUAUGGGAUUUUAAUAUGACUCACAUAUCGUUACUUACUAAGGAGGACAUUGUCAAUGAUAUUAAUUCUUAUGACAAAAAUUUAAUUUUUGGUAAACUCAAAAGUUACGAACACUUAUUGGGUGGAGUAGUUAAAAAUGAAACUGGACACAUUAUUGGAGCAAAAGCUAUCGAAAACUAUUGGUUACUUUUGGUGAAUUUUUCUUCAGUUGAUAUGAGUAAAGCUGGCAAUAUGGCUGGUACAGGAGAUUGGGCCAACGAAAAAGCCUUGGAAUGGGAAAUAACUUUUAUCAACAUAUCGGAGAAGAUAAAGGAAAACGAGAAGGAAUUUUAUUAUUUUGCUAGCAGAAGUUUUGGUGACAUAAGUAACGCCUCAAUGUUCCAAGACAUAGACAAACUAUGCAUCGGCAUAGCCAUAAUGGUUAUAUACGUACAAUUCGUCAUAUCAAAAUUCAACUGGCUAGAAGUCAGGACUGUUUUAGGUACUGUCGGCCUGUUAACCAUCGGCAUGGGCUUCAUCGUGGGCGCUGGAUUGUGUUCGCUUUUUGGUAUAUUUUAUGGGCCCGUGCACAUAUCGUUACCGUUUUUACUUAUGGGCUUAGGCGUCGACGAUAUGUUGGUAAUAAUGAAUUGUUGGGAUGAAUUAUCUGUUUCGGAAACAAGACUGCCAUUACCAGAAAGAGUGGGAUUGAUGUUGAAGCAUGCUGGAGUCUCUAUAACGAUAACGUCGUUUACUGAUGUUAUUGCUUUUAUAAUUGGAUCUUCAACAAUUCUUCCAUGCCUCGAAUCUUUCUGUAUUUAUGCCGCUUUCGGUGUAUUCAUGACGUUCGUUUUUGCUGUAACAUUUUUCACUGCCUGUUUCGUGUUGGACCAGAAACGAUUGGAAAAUGGACGUAAUGGCAUCCUGCCUUGUAUAGAGCAUCCAAAGUAUCAACCUAACAAAUGUAGCCAGAGUCGACUUACCAGCAGAGCAUUUGAGUAUGUUUAUGGAAAUGUGAUACUUACUGUUCCUGGCAAGAUAAUAAUCAUUCUCAUCACCCUUACCUGCACCAGCUUCAGCAUAGAAAGCACCAUGAGACUGGAACAACGUUUCGAUCCCAAAUGGUUCCUGCCUCAGGAAAGUAAUUUGGCAGAUUUCCUAAAAGCCAGAGAGGUACAUUUUCCUCACGUUGGUUGGGACGCUGGUUUUUACAUGGGAGCGCUCAACUAUAGCCAGGAAAUACGCAAAAUCCAUAUGGCAGUGGAAAAACUGGAAAACUUAACAUACAUUACCAGUAAUGUUAUGUCUUGGGUAGAACCUUUCAGGACUUUUGUGUUGGUUAACUUCAAACAUGAUGUUUAUCAGCAAGACCUAGACGAAGACAGAUUCAAUAUAUUCAUGUCAAAAUUCUUGCACAGUCCCCGUUACGCCAAGUACCAAGGCAAUUUCGUUUUCGAUGGUAAAUUAGAGUGCGGAGUCCCGAUUCCAAAAAUCAAAAUGUCAAGCAUCGAUUUCAAUAUAAAAAGGUUCAAGGACCCCAGAUUGCAAAUUGCACCCAUGCAUAUGGUGCAAGCCGUAGCUGAAAAUGCCAAUUUCACUAGUGGCGAUCGAUUUGGUACUGUUUGGUCCAAAUAUUUUGCCAUGUGGAUUACCGAUGAGUUAAUAGACGUAGAAGUUAUGAGAAAUCUAGAACUAGCCUUAAUCUGUGUCAUGGCCUGUACAAUAUUACUGAUAGCAGAUUGGCAAACUUGCUUAUGGAUUUUUGUUUGUGUAUUGGUAACGAUGGUCAAUGUGUGUGGUUUUAUGCAACGUUGGGGUUUAACCAUUGACUUGGUGUCCUGUAUCGGGCUGGAGUUGGCCAUUGGACUUUGUGUGGAUUACGCUACGCAUAUCGGACACACUUUUUUAACCAUACAUGAGGGUACCAGACAGGAGCGCGCUUUAAGAACUGUGAGUUCUAUAGGAUCUGCAGUACUGUUCGGAGGCCUGUCUACCUUCAUCGGAGUCUUUAUGAUGAGCCAAUCGGAUGCUUAUACUUUUCAGUCCUUUUUCAAGAUAUUUUCUCUAGUCAUAAUUUUCGGUAUUUUCCACGGAACGAUGCUAUUUCCUGUAAUCUUAAGCUGGAUAGGUCCUGAUCCAUAUAAAGUACAUUCUAAGCCAAUACCACAGCACGAAGUGACAGAAAAUGGAACUGAAUUAACCUAAUACAACUUAUUAUUAAAUUAUUUUUUGUUUGGUAAAAUAUUUUUAUAAUAAAUUUGUUUAUUUUAUACUAAUUUGUUGUUUCACUAAAACACUCGAAUAAAAUUCCUACCAACUGUAUAUUACAUAAAAAUAAAACAAAACAACCUAAAAAUUGGAAAAUAUUACAAAAUAUACAAUAUGGUGUCUAAGUAUUAUGAAUUCGAAGUCAUUUACUUUAUGCCCAAUGAUAUCACCCAGAAAAAGGUAAUUUCAAAUGGUUCAAAUAUUAUUAAGUUUAUUUUGGGUUUAAAUUAAGUGAGUAAUAUUUAUAUAUCCAUUAUUUUUAACUAUUGCUAUUUAAUAAUUAUAAUUUGAAUGUGUAUAAGAUCAAAGAAAUGAGCUACUAACUAAAUUUCAAUAGUUUGAUGCUUGAACUGAUAUUAUAUUAAAUCUUUGUUGUUGAUAAUGUGACUGAGAACAAUUUUUUUAAAAAUUUAUACAUGCCUUAAAUUACAAAAAUUCUAGCUACACAAAAUUAUUCUCUCAUCAAUUAUGAAUUUAAUAUAUUAACAGUUCCUUUUAGUUCCAUUUGAAAUCCCUUUAAGUACCUAGCAGAAAUAUAUUUAAUCUAUGAAAAGUACAAAAACAGUUAUAAUUUUUUGACAAACUAUUAGAGAAAAUAGGGAUUUCUUUUUUAAAAAAUUAUAUAGCAUCUUUUAAUGUUACAAUAUUGCUUAAAUAUUAAUUAUUUAAAUAGAAAAUCAAACAUCAACAGUCAAAAAAGUUAAAUACAUAGGCGCCAAGUUUUUCUUUUGGUUUAUGGAAUCGGAAAGAACCUUAGAUCUCUGUUUUACCCAUCAAAAAGAAAUAUUUUUUGGGGGAUAUACCAAGGUUAAAUACUAUAUUAUACAAAAUUAUAUCAAUAUUCACAAACUUAACCUCUUAGCAAUGUGAAUAGUUUAUUCGUCAUUCAGUGACAAAAAAUAACGACCUUUGUUAGUCACUGUAAACAUUUGCUUUUGCAUGUAUUCUUUUUUCCAUCGAUGUAUCCAUCUGAAUUCAUCAUUAUGAGACAGCCAAUUUUCUAUGAACUAGACAAAGAUAGACUAAUGAUCAAUGGAUCCACCAGUGAAAAAAAGAAUGCGCCCUUUCCUAGUUGUUUCUGGUUGAUAGAUAAAGCAGAGUACUAAACUUUGUGUUCCUCACCGAAACCUUAACUGUCACUUAAGAAACUGGCCCUAGAAAUAAUAGUGUGUACAAAGAGUGAAAAUAAUUUAGGAUAAAUAAAGUCAGUCAAAUAAGUUAUUUUUGUUGAUAAUGAUUGCCUACAAGAAAAAACCAUAAUAUUUACACUAAACUAAUAUGGCUUAGUUAAAUUGGCAUUACACAAUAAAAUGUAACACACUUGUAAAAAACAAACAGGUUCCUAAUUAUAAGUCUUUUCCCUGAGCUCAACUAUUUCUAAAUUUUUCUCCCAAAAGAAAAAAUGUGAACCUAUUUCACAGUAUUUUUUUUUUUGACAAAGAACUAAAAAUCUAUAAUACUUAAUAUUAUUCGGAAAAAUUGCUCUUAAUAAUCUGAUAUGAUUGGUGGACUGUAAUAAUUAUAAUUGAUAUCGUCGAUAGGCCAUAUAUGACUUACUUUUAAUAGUCUUGUUUUUUUUUGUAAUAUACAGGGCGUUAAAAAAGUCGAUCAAUUACAUAUCUAAAAAUUUUUUUACCGUUUGCAAUUUUUCGUACACUUUAUAUUGCACUUAACGAUAUUCAAAUGUUACCAACUAGUAAGGGGUGGUCCUUAAGUAUGUCAAGAAAAAAUAGGAACAGUAUCUCUUAACCGUAUGGUAGGUCCAUGCUUCAUAAAAACUUUCUAUCUUAAAUUUACUUCAGGAAUCCAUCCCUUAAUAAUUGUCUUGAACAUUAUGGCAAAUAUUGCCAACGAAAAUUGCAAACUAUAAAACGGAUAAACAAAAAGGUUGGUUAAAAUAAUAAUUAAUGGCAGUAGAAACCUUGCAAUAAAAUUGAAAAUUGAACACAUACAUAAUAAUAUUAUAAUUUAAAUCAGUCAAUGUCACAAUAGUUAUUAUUUCGAAGAUUUGUCGACGCAUUGAAUAAGUGGCUAAAAUUAUCACCAUUAAUUGAAUCUCAGCUCGGCUGAGGACCGUGACCGAACAUAUCCUGAUCUCGAUCUCUAUCUCUUCU